UAAUAACAGACAUUCUACCAAUUGUCUUGAUGUCAUAAGCAAGUCUCAACGUUAUCUCCUCAGGUUUAUAUGAAGAUAUAGUAUAAAGAUGGAGACAGCGCGCACCAAGCAAUGGCCACAAUAUUUAGCGGCAAUUACUGCGACAAUAUCGCUGGCCAUAACCGGUUCUCACAUCGGCUGGACAUCACCGACACUGCCGUACCUGAAAGGCGACAAUUCUCACGUGCCAAUAACGUCGGACGAGGCGUCUUGGGUGGCGUCAUUUUACCUCCUGGGAACGGUGCCGGGGAACAUAAUCGCGGCAUUCCUGGUCGACAGAUAUGGUCGGAAACGAAGCCUGCUGGGAUCCGGAGUGCCGCUCUUCCUCGGCUGGCUCCUGAUCCUGGUCGCGGACAAUCGGCACGUGCUCUACGCCUCACGGUUCAUAAGCGGGUUGGGUCAAGGCCUCGUAUACGUGGUCUGCCCGAUGUACAUCGGCGAGAUAGCCGACAGCGAUAUCCGGGGGGCCCUCGGCUCUUUCAUGAAGCUGAUGGUCACCCUCGGCGAGCUUUACGCCCACGCUAUCGGCCCGUUCGUCUCCUACGAGAUCCUCGCUGGCCUCUGUGCCAUCCUGCCUCUGCUCUUCGUCCUGAGCUUCGCCUGGAUGCCCGAGUCUCCGUACUUCUUCCUCAUGCACGAGAGACGCGCCGAGGCGGAGGCCAGUCUGAUGAGGUUGAGGGUCUACGCCUCGAGGUCCGAUCUGGACCGCGACAUCGAGGAGAUUAACGAGGCCAUGAUCAGGGACCUGUCGAGCCGCGGUGGGGCCCGGCAGCUCAUCGACGCCCCGGGAAAUCGGCGGGCCGUUAUCGCGAGCUUUGGCCUCCAGCUCGUCCUCCAGUUCAGCGGACUCGCGGCCAUCGAGUCUUACACCCAGGAGAUAUUCGCCGAGAGUGAGUCCGGCCUCUCCGCAGGCCUCGCCGUCAUAAUCCUCGGCGUCUUUCAGCUCGCCGCUGGCGUCGCCGCCGCCAUUUUGGUAGACCGGAUGGGCCGUAGGCCCCUUCUUAUCGCCACGACAACCGCCGCCGGAAUCGCCCUUGCCGCAAGCUGCAGCUUUUACUUCCUUAAACUCGGGAUCGGCGCCGACGUCCGGGGGACAGGGUGGGUCCUUGACGCCUCGGUCAUGAUGUACGAACUCGCCGUCGCUCUGGGCCUAAGUCCCCUUUCGUACAUGAUGCUGGGAGAGCUUUUUCCCACCAACGUUAAGGGCGUCGCCGUCACCCUUGCCAACGUCUGGGCAGCUCUGCUCGCAUUUUUUGUCUCCAAGAUGUAUCAGGUACUGUCCGAUAAUUUUGGCGUAUAUGUUUCCUUCGCUUGGUUCUCGGUUAGCUGCUUUAUUGGCAUCGUUUUUAUAGCCUUUUUUGUACCAGAAACUAAGGGCAAGUCUCUUAACCAAAUUCAGGAUCAACUCAACGGUCGUAAGGUUAUUGAGAAAAGCGCUAUCGCAGCAUAAUUUUUACGGAGAUCGUUGGUCGAUUUUUGGAGGGGGGACAUUUGAAGGCAGCGAAAUUUAUCAAAUAUCGAUUCUCAACACCGUAUUGAAUGAUUACAAUUAGGUAUCGUUAACAUUCGUCAGGGUCGUUGGUUUCAUUUGCAAUGGAAAAUUGGCGUAAGGUUUUGGUCCUUCAUUGAAGAGAUUGGUCAGCCAAAAAUCGAUACCUUUUAUUCGUUUAUUACGGUGAAGAUCUUUUUCAAUAUGUACGAAAGUAAAAAGUUCCGGUAUUAAAAACAAGAGCUCGGAUAUCAAUGUUUAAUUUCUUUUAAUCGUUCGAACUCAUUCUGUGAUGGCUGACUCUGUUCAGAAGACUAUUUGCUACAAAGUCAUUGAAAUAGAUUUUUAUUUUUGGCGUAGCCAAGUUGAUAUUGCGGUUUCUUGAUUAUAAUCAAUUUCGACGUAAGGUUGUCAAAUAAAAUGUUUAAUGAUGGCAAUCCGAAAAAAAAACAAACUAUUACAGUGAGAUUGCAGAAAAUAAUCUUCUGAAUAAAAUGAGCAAUCUUAGUUUGAGUUAACCGAAUUUAGUAGCUUUUUUAUCAUCUUGAAGCGACUCAAAAUGAAACGUUGAUAUUUAAGCUUUUGUUUAUAAUUUCAGUUUUUUUUUUUUUGUUCUUUAAUUUUGCCAGAAACCGUUGGAAUUUGCCAAUAUAUUGCUUUGAUAAAUAGAGCAACUAUUCAGCAGCCACCGUAACAGUAAUCCGAUAUUGGAACUUUGGAUUAUUAGAAAAAUUCACCCGCGCGACAAAACUUAACUUCACGAAGAUAAUCGAUUCUGCGAAAUUUUCUCGAACAUUCGAUUUAUAUUCAUAAAACAUUAACGUGAUUACGUACAUAUUGUGAAGCAAAAAAAAAAUGAAAAAAUACAUUUGACGUGUAGGAGAAAUAUAUUCAUGAUCCAUGCGAGGUU